AUGCGGAAGAAGAUUCAAAAAUCCCUUCGAAAGUACCUCUCAAAAAUGAAAUCUCCUCCUUCAAAUAUCCAAUUACCCUCUAAGAAAUGGAUUCUCUCAGCAUGCAAGCAUCCCAGAACUCCUUCCUUCGGCGUAGACAACAACAACAGGAAAAACAAUGAUGAACAAGUCUCGCUAGCCGACAUCGAUCGUUUCCUCUUCGAGAAUUUUAAGUCUUUGUACCUAGAAGAUCACGAAGAAACCAACACCAAUAAACAACGAAAACACCAUAACACCAAAAGGGUUGUCUCCGACCAAGAAGAGGAACAGGAAAAGCCAAAACUUAGCCCCAUCUUGUUCGAUUCCUCCAGAAGAUUCGAAGAAGAAGCAGGCUCGAGCUCAACCAUGUUCUCAACCACAACUCAGAAUGAUUCGUCUGAAAACGAGGGCGUGGAGGAUCAAACGGUGGCUCCGGAGAACUGUGUGGUGGUGCUGGCGAGUUCUCCUAGCCCUUAUGAUGAUUUCCGGCGAUCCAUGGAAGGCAUGGUGGAGGCGAAGUUGAAGAACAAUGAAAAGGUGGAUUGGGAAUUCAUGGAGGAACUUUUGUUCUGUCACAUAAACCUGAAUCAGAAGAAUUCUCGCAAGUUCAUUCUCAGUGCUUUUGUUGACUUGAUCACCGCCAUGCGCUGCCAACCGGAGACUGCUCCGGCGAAGCCCAAGCCACAGAGCGUUCGAACUGUAAGGAUUGGAAGGGAGGUAAGGAAGAAGACCAAAGAGAUUACCUUGGAAUUUGAGUCGCCGUAA